GAUAAAGGCGAUAUGAAAAAAGUUCCUAAAGAAAUGAAAAUAAAACAAAACCUUUUUCCUAAUCAAAAAACUAAUACCGUAGACGCCUUGAAAUUUAGAACAUCAUGUUGACAUUACAAUUGUCGCUGGGAUGUGACACGAAAUACGUCAUAUUCCGCGUUUAUAGUUUUAUAUUUAUUUUAUAUAACAUAAAUUCUGUUGUUUUAUAAUGAAAACACAGUAAGGAGCAGCCGGUGGUAAUAUGGAGGCACAGAAGAGCGAUGCACCAAAACUGCCGGAUAUGGUUAUCCAUUAUUGCAGCAUGUGUGGGGAUCAUCCGUCUUUCACGAAGACGGAGCUCAACGUGAAAACAGAUGGAAAGGUGGAUGACAAGGACAAGGCGAAAGACAAAUCGUUGUCCUAUACUAAAAUUACGCCAUCCGCAUCUCGCACGGAGCGCGGCGAGUCGGGCAGCUCGACGAGUGCGCGCGCGCGCGGCUCGGAGCACGCGCUGCGCCUGGCCGACGCGCGCCGCCGCGUGCGCUCGCUGGACGCCGCGCAGCGCCCCGACACCGACCUGCAGGCCACCGGCAACCGGGCGCUCGUGCAAGCGGCGCUGGGCAGCUUCCGCUGGCCGCCGUACCUGCUGUGCGUGUGGGUGCUGGUGCUGGUCCUGACGCACGUGCUGCACUGCCUCGUCAGUCUGCUCGAGCGCGCGCUGCCCGCUCUCAAACGGUGCAGCCAGUUGUUCCGGUCGUGGACGGAGGAGUGCUGGCGCGGCGCGGGCGGCGCGGGCGGCGCGGGCGGCCCCCGCAGCCAGCGCGUGUACCCGGCGGGGCUGGCGGUGCUGACGGCGCUGCUGUACACGGCGUACUUCUCGCUGUACGCGUGCUACGCCGUGGUGCUGUGGGCCAUCGAGCCGCUGUGCGCGGACGACGACAAGCGGCCCGACGCGGAGCCGGCCGCCGUCACGGACUACGACGAAAUCGCGCCCGGGCCCGCGCCCGCCGCCGUCUAGGGCCCUACUGUCGUGCCUACCUGCCUCAUUACGCUGUGUCGUCGACAUUAAAAUGACAAUUACACCAGCCUUCCUUCUUUUUACUUGUAUCUGGUACUCGAUACGGUUGCACACUUAAUUGUGUAUGUUUUUACCAUUGAAAUGGCCCCUAAACUCUAAAUAUCGACUUUUGUAUUAAUAAAAUAAUCAGUUCUAAUGCGCUUAACGAAUAUUUUUGUCUAAUCGAAUACUUUGUACAUUUCGGCCGAAAGGCCUUUAAAGCUUAGCACUUGAAACGAUACGAAGUACCUCAGAGCAAGACAAAUUAUUUACGUCAAACGAAUUAUCCUAUAAUUCCUCCGAUCAAGUACUGCUUUACACAGAUGUUUUACAAACUUUUAUAUUUCAAUAAAA